CCUUUUUUCAUUCACUUACACACUCAAUCCUUCAGCACUGCAGAUAUGGCGGAUAUUUCCCGAGAAGAAAAGCUCGCAGCUGCGAGGAAAAAGCUCCAAAAAUUCCAACAGAAGCGCACCCCAUCCAACACACCAAGUGGGGGUCCGUCUUCAAAAAGCGCAAAAACAAAAACUGGGAAGGUCAAGGCUGGCAGUAGACCAGAGAGUCCUUUACCACGUCAAGUCCAAACUGAACCAGCCAAUCAAAGGUUAACUGACCACCAGGCCAAGCAAGAUGAGGUGGCAGCUAGUGCAAGUUUUAUCUCACAAACACCGCAUGAGAAAGAUGCAAACUCAAAUGGGCUUCCACCAUCGAGUAAGCCAUUGUCAUCAACGGAAAGUCUGAGACAGAUGUCCCGUCAGCUAAACGGUCUCAUGGCAGAUACAUCACUUGUUAAUGGUGAAAUUGGAUCAGGAACAAACGGAAUGUCUGAUUUAGAGAUUCGCAACCAGGAACUGGCAGCAGAGGUGGAUCACCAAACCCAGGCCAAUAAGAGGCUAUUACUAGAGGCAGAACAAUUGAAACAACAGUGCAUAAGGUUACAGGACACUAUUGAAAAGGAGAGGAAUGACUUCGCUCACCAAGCACACAAAGAACAGAGCGCCCUCAAGGAGCAGCUCCAAGUUCACAUUCAGACGAUCGGUAUUCUGGUCUCGGAGAAGACCGAUCUUCAGAGCGCACUGGGCCAGAUUCAGACAGGUUUCAAACAAAAAUCUGAUGAGGUUGAGAAUCUAGCAAGUCGUCUUCAAGUUUCCAGACAACGUGUAGCUGAACUAGAGAGAGGACUGGCUAGUGCUACAAACUCAUCUUCUCAAUAUCAAAAGACAAGCAAAGAAUUAGACAAGGAGAGAGAUUCACUGAAAUUAGAUGUAUAUAAAUUGAGGAAAGGAAAUGAUGAGUUAAGUCAGCAAAACUCAGAAUUGUCAAGCCAGCUACGAGCAAAGUCCACAGAGAACGAGCAGUUGGGCCAGGUCCUGGGCCAGCUUCAAGAGAGGCUGAACCUUGCCGAGCUUCAGGUCCAGCAGCUGACCACUCAGACCGGUCAGUCUCAGGACACCCAACUUACCAUCAGCAGAUUGCAGGAAGAAAAAGCAGAUGCAGACAGGAAGUUAGCCCAGUAUGUGCAGUCAGUAGAGCAACUUACGGCAGAACGCCAGAAUCUUCACCAGCAAUAUCAACAACAUUCCUUACAGUAUCAGGACCACAUCCAGCAAAUCACCGCUCAGAAUGAAUCUUUGACGAAGGAGAAGACACAUCUUUUAUCAAGACAGGAAGAGUUGCAGCAUCAGAUUAACAUUCUGGAAGAAAGUCAAGCCGAGCAGAUGAAUGAUGAUGUGAGUGUGAGCAGUGUUAGCCAGGAAGAAGUCAUCAGGCUGGAACAAAGAAUAGCUACGUUGACAGAAGAAAAAGAAGUCAUGCAUUCCCAGUAUCAAGCUUUGGUGACAGACAAUGCCAACCUGAGCCGGCUCCACCAGGAGAAAGAGGACGAGGUGGAGGAGUUAGGCAGGGAGCUGAGGAGAUUCAAAGAGGAGUCCGUAGACAAGGGCUCCCUCUUGGAAGGAAUCCAGAGCGAUAAGGCAACCAUCAGCAGGGCACUGGCACAAAACAAACAACUCAAAAUUCAAUUGGAAGAACUACAGACUGCAUUUGUUAAGAUGAGCCAGGAUAACAUGGAACUUACAACCCAGCUACAGUCUGAGCAGCAUGUUGGUAAUGAACUAGGGUCAAGGCUAGGUCAACAAGAAAGUGAACUUGAGGAGACAAGGUCGAAGCUUGAAUCUACCGAGCGUGAGUUGGAGAACGCGAAGACUCAGACGUAUGAGCUUAACAAACAGCUAAUGCAGCAUGCGACACUGGCGGACAGAGCACAGCACUUUGAAGCUCAAGGAGGAGUCAAUGAAUCUCUUAGGACAGAUCUCAUACAAGCUCAGGAGCAGCUUCAGACUCUGAGCAGUGAGAAUAGCCAGCUUAGAGUAAGGAUCGCCAAUUUAGAGAGUUACCAACGAUCAUCAUCAGACGAUAUAGAUGGCGAUGGUCAAAAGAUGGGAAAGGGAGACAUGGUUGAUUCUUUGUCAGCAGCCAUUAGACAACUUGAAAUGGAGAGAGACAAUCUCAAAAAAUCCUUAGAUGAUCAACAAGAGGAAUAUAAACAUCUACUCAAGGAAACAGAUAAACUCAGAUAUGAUAGUUUCGAUGGCUCCAGGAUGCAGAGUCCCGUCACCCAGGAGGCGUACGAGACCCUGGAGCUAGCCAUGGAGAAACUCCAGGAGAAGUUUGUCCAUGAGAUGAGAGUCAGGGCGGAGCUUGAUGACAGGAUCCAGGAGCUGGAGCAUGUGAAUCUCCAGUUGGCCGGAGAAACAGAGACAAUAGGAGAAUACAUCACCUUGUAUCACAAUCAGAGGGAUAUCAUGAAGAGAAGGCAGGACGAUAGGGAACGUUUCGUUGCUACGUUAGCGAGAGAAAAGGAAGAUAUGGAGACCAAACUAACCCAGCUUCAGAACCUGGUGGUUCAGUUACUCCAAGAGAAACAGCAUCUGCACCCCUACGCUCAUCAGAAUGACGUCAAGAAUGCCCUCAGUCCGCCCCGAGAUCCCAGGAACGCUUUUAAGAUUGAACAGGCCGAAGAAGCUGAAGAAAAGAUGGAGCAGUCGUCCCAGGAACAAACCACCCAAAAUGAUAUGGACUGGCCCUCAUCCUCUGAGAGCGGGGACGGAACGUUUGAGGAAGUCUCGCUAGCCGAUGACCGUUACCAGACCGCUUUGCCUUCACCGGAACAGCUUCCUCGCAGCGAGCACACCGCUCAACAGAUUAUUCAACUUCUACAGGACAUGGGGUCUUCAGCCGCCAUCAUUGAUCGUAGCACCAUCUUAGACAGGGACUUCAUGCCGUGCAAGUAUUGUUCGGACGUUCUCAUCCAUGUAUGAUGGCAUGACUGGCCGACCAUAGUUCAGAUGUUCUCAUCCAUUUAUGAUGGCAUGACUGGCCGACCAUUGUUCAGACAUUCUUGUCCAUGUAUGAUGGCGUGACUGCCCGACCAUAUCACCUUCCAUCCAUAUCUAAGAGCUUUAUUCACUAGUGUUGUAGCUAGUCUUUUAGCUUCAGCAUGGAGUCUGAGGCUAUCCGGUAACUUCUGAAGUGAACUCAAGGUGUGGAUGUGUUCGCAACUGAUUUUGAUCUUUUAACUACUGAAGUUCUGUUAAUUCCUGUCAACUUUGUUGAUGGACAAUCCCAUUCCUGCAAGCUACAGUGUAACUGUAACACUGUCUAGGAUGGAGGGUAAUUGCCAAACAAGUAUUAUAUAUCAGUUGUCUUUAAUUGGUCCAUUGUGAGCUACAUUCAUGAAUCCAUUUGCCAAAUGCCUGAUUUUCAUGGUGAUCCAAAUUUAUAAAAAAAAUUCUUUUUCUCACCUUCAUAGUAGAGUGAGACUAUAGGCAUCGCUUUUUUUAUGGUGGCAGCGCCGUCAACAUUGAAAUCUUCAUUAAAUAAACUUCUUGAAAUGUCAUCAUAACUGUGAAAGUAAAUUGAUCUAUUUCAUGACACUUGAACCUGAGGGUAGUAAAGUAAUACUUGUCAUCUUGCCUGAGUUUCAUGUCACAUGAUCAAAGUCAAAGGUCAUUAGAGGUCAACGAACUAAGUAUUUAUUUUAUUUUCAAAUGAUUUUUUUUUUUUUGGGGGGGAGUAUUCAUCUUAGCUAUUUGCAAAGUCAGCUCUACUGCUAUAUUGAAUCAUGUAAUGCAAGUGAGACUGCCAGAGGUGUCCUACAUGUACUUGUCGUAUUACAUGCGCCUGUAAUUCUUUUGAAAGCUUAGAUAAAAUCUGCUUCCACGUACAAUUGAUUGCAGUUUCACUACUUUGAUCUACUUUGGAUUUUUUUUUCUUCAUUUUAUUCAAUAUCAAUCUUUUAAGUUCUUAAAGACCACUUUUCACUUAUGUGGUCCUUAUGUGCAGAUUUCAUAGUUACAGUGUACAAGGCAGUUUGGGCAAAUUCAGGAUUUCCUCCAAAAGCAGACACUCCAUUCCAUGUUUCUGUUUCAAAAGUUUUUCGGGUUAUAGAUUUUAACAUAUACCAAAAUUAGAUUAUUCUCAGCCAAAACUAUCAAUAUGCUCUCCAUUGGUAUGCUCCAUGUGUUUACAAAACACUGUCUGAUUCUUGUUUUUAAUUAAUCACUAAAGUGGCAAUGGGUAAUCCUUAUUGCUUCCUACCAUUUUCUUACUCAUAAAGGUUUAUACAAUAUGGAAGCAGCUGUUGAAGAAUAAUAAAAUGAAUUGAAAUUUGCUAUGAAUUCAGAUAUGUAUUCUAGGGAAUAUAUUUUAUAUUUAAUUAGUUUGAUAUAAUCAUUGCAUUGCUUGUGCAGUGUUGAUAACGGUGAACAUUUGUAGUCAUCAUGUUCAACAAUGUUGAUUAACUAUUGAUGUGUGGAAUUAAAUGUUGAGUACCAGUACAUAUAUGUCUUGUUCCUUAUGAAUGAAGUAUGGUGUGCUUUUACAGUAGUGAAUUAUCUGUUUUGGAUAAUUGGAUCUCAUAAUAUUCUCUGAUAUAUAGAUGAAAAUGUAUUAAGACAUACAUUUGCACAUUUUGAGAACAGGGUUGACGUUAAUGGUCAUUUCAUUAAUCACAUGACACUCUUCAAAUUGGCAGUGAUCAUUGCUUUCAUUUAUUGCUUCUGUGUUCUCAUCUCUCAAAAAAAGAUACAAAGAAUAUUGUCAUAAGUUUAGAAUGUACAAUUUCUAUAAAAAAACAAAACAUUAACAUUAAUUUGUGGAUUUUAAAGUUUAUUUAUAAUGUGGUAUGGUACUUAUUCUGCAACAAAGUAUGUUUCACUAUCUGAAAUGAAAAUCGAUAUAUUGCAACACAGCUUUGGGAAGUUU